AGGCCCGGCGAGGCAGGAGCGCCGAGCCCCGCAGUCCGGCCCGCGGCCCCCGGCGACGCCGACCCAGGACCGCGACGGUGCGGCCGCUUCGCCCCCGACCCCCGCCCGGCCGACACCUGCCUUGUUCUUGCCCUUCCGGGAACAGCGCUCGGGACCCGAUGUCGCCUACCAGCCUGCGCCAUCCGCGCGGCGUCAACCCCAUGGCGCGGCUCCUGAGACUCUGCGCUUGGCUGCUGGCGCUCGGCCCCGGGCUCCUGGCGACCGUGAGGGCGGACUGCAGCCACGACUGCGCGACGUGCAGCUACCGCCUGGCGCGCCCGACCGACAUCAACCCCUUGGCUUGCACCCUGGAAUGUGAAGGGAAACUGCCCUCUCUCAAAACCUGGGCGACCUGCAAGGAGCUCCUGCAGCUGUCCCAGCUGGAGCUCCCGCAAGAUGGCACCAGCGUCCUCAGAGAGAGCAGCAAGCCGGAGGAGGGCCACGCGCUGGCCAAGAAGUACGGCGGCUUCAUGAAACGGUAUGGCGGCUUCAUGAAGAAAAUGGAUGAGCUCUACCCCCAGGGGCCGGAAGAAGAGGCCAACGCAGGGGAAAUCCUCGCCAAGAGGUACGGGGGCUUCAUGAAGAAGGACGCGGAGGAGGAGGACACCUUGGCCAACUCCUCAGACCUGCUGAAAGAGCUGCUGGGGACCGGGGAGAACGGAGACAGCGGUCGCCACCAGGAGGGCAGUGACGACGACGUGAGCAAGAGGUACGGGGGCUUCAUGAGAGCCCUGAAGAGAAGCCCCCAACUGGAAGACGAAGCCAAGGAGCUGCAGAAGCGGUACGGGGGCUUCAUGAGGAGGGUCGGCCGUCCAGAGUGGUGGAUGGACUACCAGAAACGGUACGGCGGCUUCCUCAAGCGCUUCGCCGACUCGCUGCCGUCGGACGAAGAAGGCGAAAGCUACUCCAAGGAAGUGCCCGAGAUGGAGAAGAGAUACGGAGGGUUUAUGAGAUUCUAGCCCCCUUUCCUGCUGAGACCCCCGGCCCCAGAAAGCCUCCCUCUGCCCCCCGGUCAAUCUAUUUCAUUAUUGCGCGCUGCUUGCGUCGUGCAGUGGACUCCAUUGUCUGCGUAACUGACCAGACAACCUGCAAGCGCUCGCUUCAGGCUCUGUUCUCUUGACAGUGCGCAUGCUCAGUAUUGGUCUAUUGCAGCUGUGUCGUUUUCAUGCAUAAAUAGUUGUUGUUCUGUGGUCCUUCAUUUUUGACAAGACGCUAAUGAAUGCUUACUUGUAAAUAGAUACAAUAAACCCGUUACCCCAACUGCA